UAUAUAUAUGGGUUAGCCUUUGGGGGAUUCUUGCGUAGCAUCUCGCUCUUGUCUUGGUUUACCGCCUCUCAGCUUAGCACAGACCCCGUUUGUCCCUCGUUGAACAAGUCCAGUCAGGAUGCAGCCCAAGUCGUGGAUUUCGCUCGUUCUCCUCGGCCAGGCCGCCCUGGUCGUCGCCUCUCCCCAGGCCGUCUCCGAGUCGCUGCCUCCCUCGCCCACCGGCUCCGGUAUCUGCGAGCCGCACGGCGACCACUGGCACUGCCACCCUGCCUCGACGGCUGCACAGACGUCGACUCACGACGACGACGACCACCACCCCGCGCCGACGGGCAGCUGCGAGCCUCACGGUGACCACUGGCACUGCCCAUCCGGCGUGCCUAAGCCGACGACGCCCCCGGCGCAGACGUCCGCCGCCGCGGCCACCACCAACGCCGCCCAGGCGACGAGCACCUGUGAGCCGCACGGUGACCACUGGCACUGCCCGUCUGGCGUGCCCAAGCCGACCACGCCUCCUGCCCAGCAGAUCAAGUCGUCCGGCGACGGCCACCCCGUGCCCACGGGCAGCUGUGAGCCGCACGGCGACCACUGGCACUGCCCGUCCGGCGUGUCUAAGCCAGCCACGCCCCCGGCACAGAGCACCACGGGAGGCGGCUCUAUCGGCACCUCGAGCGGUGCGACCGGCUCGGCCUCGGCUUCCCCCACGGUCACGGCCGGUGCUGGCCGGCCUGCCGCUCCGCUAGGCGUUGCCACCGCCCUGGUGUCGCUCGUUGGCGCCAUCUUCGUCGGUGCUCUUGUCAUCUGAAGGGACAUUGACGUUGUGUUCAUGUAACUGUUAAUAACACCAUGGCAUGUGGGAAGACGGAGGGGGCUGGGUCGCAGGCCGCCAUGUCGUCACGGUCGACGUUGGGACAGGCAAGACCUGCGCAUAAUUUCAGUUCACUCAAAAAGUCGAGCUCUAGAGAGCCGACUCAUUGUAUUCCCGGCUCGAAGAAAGAAGAACAAACAGACGAGUUUGGCAUAUGCUUAUGAGAGGCUUGUAUGUCUGCUGCGGCUUCCAUGGCCAGUCCUUUGCGGGCAUCUCUCGAGGGGUAGCACAGGACUACUUCGUUACUGCGUAAAAAUGAAGUCGGGGUGGGUUCCUGAUGGCGAUGAUGGGUUGUAAUAGCCACGCUCCGAGACCUUGCAAGCAAAGUGUCUCAAUACCCACCACGGGAGGACAAUGCGGCUGUGACACCCAUCACGCUGAGACAAGACAUGGCCAGCUGUGAUGCAGUGGUGCGGAGCAGCGCCUUCGUGAUAGGGAGAACUGAUGAGGGGGUUCAGUUCGCUAGGCAGCACACGGUAGGCAUGCAGGUCUCGCGGGGGGGCGCAGUUGCAGCGAUAGACCGAGGUGUGUAGGGCUCUUGUAAAAGGUUGCUAAGCGCCAUAGCAAGCGCUGGAGUCGUGGAUCAUCGACAUGGUUGAUACCGUGAACCUCCAGGGUGGUGGUGCCUGAUCUGAGUGAUG